CUGCUUCCGAGACUCCAUUCUAGCUUACCGUCUACCCUCUAGUCAGCCAUUUCCUGCUAGCUCCGGCGGCGUGUUCUACCGAGCGCUCCGAGGAGGAAUUUUUUUGUAGUUUACGCGCGGUUGGUCUGUAGAUCGGCGGCGCCUUCACUGGCAUCAUGAGUUUACCAUUGAACCCCAAACCCUUCCUGAAUGGACUCACUGGGAAGCCAGUGAUGGUGAAGCUGAAGUGGGGGAUGGAGUACAAGGGCUACCUGGUGUCUGUGGAUGGAUAUAUGAACAUGCAGCUUGCAAACACUGAGGAAUAUAUCGAUGGUGCAUUAUCUGGACAUCUCGGAGAAGUGUUGAUAAGAUGUAACAAUGUAUUGUAUAUACGUGGUGUAGAAGAAGAGGAGGAAGAUGGUGAAAUGAGAGAAUAAACCAAUUUUCACAUUAUUUUUGUACAUUUUUUUAAACUUUUUUUGUUGCUGAACAUUUUCUGUUUACAAUAAAAGCUAUUGUAAUAUGUCUCAUUCUGUAUGUAUCUAUUAUCAGAUUAGCUUUGUAGCUCUUUAGUGCCACCUAUAGGUGGCUGUCUUGUUAGUCAAAGUCCAACCUUCUGCAGAGUCUGACGGCAGCAGUAGGUGACAAUACCUGUGCAGGACACAUCCAACGGAGGCCGAUUGCUAUUGCACUCCUUAUGUUAAAUAAAAAAUAUUUCUAAUAAACUUUGUUUAAAAAAAAUGAAUGCAUUGAUGGGGCGGAGCGUGACGUCACCCGGGGCGGGGCCGUGACGUCACAAUGCUGCGGCCCCCCAUGAUCGCCAGUAAUCGGACCCAGAGCAAACAUGCUCCGGGGACUGAUUAGAACAGGGUGCUGGGUGCAUGAUCAUGUGGGUCCCCAGCGGCGGGACCUCCGCAAUCAGGCAUCCUAGCCCCCUAUCUAUGGAUAGGGUAUAAGAUGUCUUAGCGCUGGAGUACCCCUUUAAGCCUAUGCUUCUACUAACAAAUUAUUCAUUUAUUUAUUCAAGUAUUCUCUUAAAAUAAGCUCUAAUAAAUAAGAUUAUUGUAUUAAAGUGGAUAAGCGUCAGAUCUCGGGGGGGUCCGGCCGCUUUGAUGGGUCCGCCAAAGAGACCUGAGUGCUCCAAUAGGAAUGAAUGGAGCAUGUGCCAUCCCUAGCGUGUGCUGCUGCUGCUUGGGGCCCAUUCAGGAGAUCACUGUGGGUCCCAUCAGUCGCCCCACUCCCCACGUGAUCAGACAUUUAUCCCCUCUCAUGUGGGAAAAAAAAGAUGUUACUUUUUGCUGCACAACCCCUGUAAUGAACCCAGCAUGUCAAUACAAGUUUACCUCUUCACUGUC